CUAUAACUCCACUUGUUUUCAUUCUUUUUGACAAAAAAAAAAUAUCAAACUCUCAUUCUCCAAACACACUACAUCACCAAUUGGCUAAUUACUUUAGCAUGGAAAUCAUAGAUAUGAAUGAUAAAGUUAUAGACUACUUCAAUAAACAGGAUUUUCAAGAAAACAACCAAAAUCCAUCCUCACCACCAACCACCACAUCACCACCAUCACCCUCCACAUCCCCCACCCAUGAAUUCUCUUUCACCAUUUCUCUCCACCACCACCCACAACCACGGGCAGCCAUUGACUUAUCUCCGGCCGAUGACAUUUUCUUCCAAGGCCACCUCCUUCCUCUGCAUUUUCCUAUCUCAUCAUCAUCUCCUCGUUCAUCAACAAACUCAAUGGAUAGUUAUACUCUCCCAAUGAACCUUCUUUACAAUAAUAUUGACCAAAUUAAUAAUAAUAAUAACCUUAUAGGAAACACAAGCUUCCAUUGCCACCAUCAAACCACCUACUCUGAAGAUGAACAUGACGUCAGCAUGACGACAACUCAUCAAAACCACCCCAAGUCCAAAUCUUUUUCAAUCUUUAACAUACCCAAAUGGAAAAAAAGAGUUGAUGAUGAUGCAGAAAGUGAAAAAGACCAUUAUUUUAAUCAAUCUUGUCAAAACAGAGAAACAAGUAACAAGAAACUUAAGCUAGACCAUUUAAGUCAACUUAUCAAAAGAUACAUGAAAAUGGUGAAACCUGCUUUGUUGUCAUUUCAAAAGCCAAAUAGAAAAAGGCCAUCAAAUAAUAAUAGGGAAUUUAAGCAUCAUCAAUCGUAUUCGUAUUCAGGGAAUUCGAUAAGGAGUAAACAACAACAAGAGGCAGAGAAGAGUAGAAGAGGACGAUUUUCGGCACCGGCUUCUAUGAGGACAUCUCCAGCUAAUAGUGGAAUACUUGUUGCUUCAGGAAAUGCGAGUCCAAGUAAUUAUAAAAAUAUGACAAGUGGUGAAAGUAGUAGUAUGGAAGAAUUACAUGCUGCUAUUCAAGCUGCUAUUGCUCAUUGUAAGAAUUCCAUUGCUAUGGAUACCAAAAUUUAAAUUUCAAAGUUUUCUUUUUGUAUAAUUUAAUGAGAUUAUAUAUAUUGAGGUUAAUUAUAAA